CAUCAUUUCCUCUCAACAAAAAAAAAAGUAUUUCCGAGAGAAGAAUCGGGAGAAGUGACCGAUGGAGAAAGACACGGCGGCGGCGGCGACGAGGGUCUGCCGGCGGUGCAAAGCGAAGUACUCGCCGUCGGGAAACACGCCGCAGUCCUGCAGGUUCCACCCCUCAUACUUCGUCUGCCGCCGCCACGACGACCAGAAGAGGUACUACGAGCUCAAGGAGGGCGACCCGCCGUACGCCGCCAAGUUCUACGACUGCUGCGGCGCCGAGGACCCCGCCACCGCAGGCUGCGCCACCGGAUUCCACCUCUCCUACGACGACCCCGAGUGAUUAGCCAACCAACUACUAGUACGCUUGCUUGUUCAUCUCCUCUGAAGCAAACGCAGUGUUCUGUUACUUUGUACAAUCAGCAGAGCAAACACCCUGUUAGUCAUCUGGAUUGUGUGUAUAAAUCAGGGUUCAGAAUAUAAUCCGACCCUGUAGUAUCAGUGUUCAGAAUAAAAUCGUCAGAAUGAAUUCUGGCUGCGAGCAAUAAUUCAGAUAAGGAGCGUUUGCAUUAAUUCAUAACAAAUUUGCUUG